AUGAAGAGAAUAUAACAAAAUAAUUAACUUUUAAAUUUAUUUUAACAAGAUCUACUCUAAAAAUUUAUUGUCUUCUAAACAUAUGACAUAGUGAAGCUCUAUGACAGAGGAUUGUUACUGUCUAUUAUUUUGCUAAUAAUUAAGCAUUCUCUGUAUUUUUCAUUCUCAAUUCCAACCUCAAUACGAUAACAUAAAUCAAAUAUUCACUACCUUAACCGAUUAGAAUAUAACAUGAAUAAUCUAUCAAAAAAUUAUACUUCUCUCAUUUUUUAUUUAACAUUAAAUAGCAUCAUAACAUUUUUUAUAAUAAUAAAACUUAUUCAGUUUUCAACUAAUCAAAUUAAGUAAAAAGACCAACCAAGUAUAAUUUUAUUUAACAAAUCAAUUAACAACAACAAUAAUAACAAAGAUCUAUUCAUAUCUGUGAUAUUACAAGUGUAUAGAUAUACAUUUUUUUUGCUUUCAACGAUGAGUUCUUUAUUCAACAUAUAAGAUUCAACCGUUUUAUCAAGUAUUAACAUCUUUCUAACAUGGACUAUCAGUAAGUUAAAUAUUUUUCUCAUUUGCUUCAAAUAAAUUUAUUUUUUUUAUUAAAGCAUUUUUUAUUUGCUUUCACAGCUACGAUGCCAGAUUUAUCUAGAGAGAUUACUUAAAUAUUAGAUUUAAAUGGAUGUAUUAUAUGGAAGUAUUAAUUGA